AUGGUCAAAGCAGUGACGGGCGUUUUACUGGAGUGUGAUAGUACAGUAAAGCAAAUCAUACUGAAUCUCAAUAAGCGCGGAAACUUUGUUAUCGAAGAUCUUGACGACACUCAUUUGUUCAUUGAAGCUUCGUGGGUUAAACAACUUCAGUACGAACUGGAUCGCAUCUUGGACGAAAACUCGUAUACCAUUUCCGGUGAAGAUAAAGAAAGUCGCAACAAAAACUAG